UUCAACACCUAUUCAACACCGGCUAAUAUCCCGUCAAGAACCUCGGCGAGUGUUUUGCGUCAAUAAAUACCAAGAAGUCCAAUCAUCGAGGCCGCCUGCAAUUGGUUAAAUUUUGCAUUAUCUAUGUGAGACACUAAUUAUUCUGGUUAUUGCUAUGUUUCCAACCGCUUAUCAUUGUCACAACUCACAAGUCACGACCCUGGGUAAAAUUCACUGUCGUUGAAACUAUAAUAAUCUCGAUUUUUAGCUAAUCUGAUUAGUCAAGAAUGGGAGCCGGUGUCUCGAAUCCAGUCCUUCCGGCGAGCGCCGACUUCGCGACGAGCUGCGUCUCGUUACAACACGUGAAUGACAUCACCGCCGUACACUUGGACAAAGCCGGAGUGAACGCGAUGCAGACAGCGAUAAGAGAGACCUGGAGACAAGGGUGUGUCCCGGUCGACCCGGAUUGCGGGUGUGUCACAUGGUUGAAGCUCGGUGGUCAUUCCUUCGUGCGGGCAAACGAGGAGACCUCGGUCCAACUUCGCCAAAUGAUUUGCAAAAUCGUGGAAAAACUAGCUGCGGUUGGUUGGAAAGUGGCGAAAACUGCUCAGCUUGGCAGAAAGUUUGAACAAAGUUCGUUUUUCUUAAGAAAAAGUGCACCAGAUCCUCCGAGCCUUCCUUAUAUCGGCGUUGGUUUAAGCAGCAACGACGGUUUCGUGUUUAUAAAUUUUCCUGCCAAUUUGGAGCAGCCAAUCAGAGAGGUCAUACAGUUCACGUGGCGUCUGGGUGUUCAAGAGUGGGUGUACGCCGACGGCGUUCUAAGGGUGAAACUUAAAGGUACUCCGUGGAAAUCUUCAGACGAGCAAGCGAUUCAAUCGAAAAUUCUCAUUCAGGAGAUAAUCGCAACGCUCCGAUGCCAUCAGUGGUCGUUCGUUUGCAACGUGAACACCAAGUGUACCACGGAUUCCCUCGUCUUCAAGUUCGAUCCUACAAUCGUCCCCGGCGAAGAGGUCGAGUUCUGCACGAUCAGUCUGAAUCGUGACGAUCGCCUGCGUCUUAUUAAGGUGAAGGAAGACGUUGUUUCUCGAGUGAGGCAGGUCAUCCAGUCCGCCUGGGGCGCAGAUAAGAUACAAAAGGAAAAGGAUUGGUUUGGGAGCUGGGAGUUCAAACUGGCUGGAAUCCUGUGGCAUUCGACGAGCGAUAACUCCAUUAAAGUGAGAUAUUUGAUUUUGAAAAUCCUCGAGGCUAUGCGCGAGAAAGGCUGGCACUCUAUAGCGGCGAUCGAUAUGAGUCGAAGAGGUGGUACCAAAAGUGUUUUAGUUUUUCAAAAAGCUCAACCACGGAGCGAUUUUAUUUCCUGUCUUGCCCUCGCCGAUAAGGACAAGUUUCGUUUGAUCAACAUGAAGCCGGAUAUGGUCGAGUUAUUUAAGCGGACGGUGCUAUCGCGUUGGGGCGAGGGGUAUGAAUCCGAGAAGGAGAAGGAAUUUACUUUUGGUAAUGUCUGGCAGAUGAAGUUGUUUUGCGAACCGUGGCAUGGGGGUAUUCGUAACGAUACUCUCCAUGCUAAGAGCAUCAUCUGUCAUGUCGUGGAAGAGUUCUACAAGAAAGGCUGGCGCUUGUAUGUUUGCGGAGAUGUCAGCUCCGAGUGGAUCGAAAAAGAUGAUACGGUGGUUGAAGAGACAGGGAAAAAUCUGCAGUACCCCAACGACUCGCACUCCUUGUUUUUCAUUUUUGAUCCCGACAACACCGGCACACCUGCGGCCCCCACCUACGCUUUCAAUACCCAGCAAUACGGUAUGCCGGGCCUACCUUACCCCAGUGCCCCGCCUAUGCGUCAACCCCUGUAUCCUCCUCUCCCCACCGAACCCCCACCGCCAAGCUACUCGCAAGCGACCGGAAUGAACCCUGAGAAAAAUUAGACGCCUUGAAAACAUUGGAACUUUCUUUUUUUAACAACUUAUAACCUUGUAUGUGGUGCAUAUGUUAAAGAAAUGAUGGAGACUUACAUUGAGUUUUUAAU